AUGCUUCGCUAUCUGAGACCUCUCCGAAGCGUCACCACUCCUCCAACAUGGCGCCUCGUUCGCUCCUUCGCCCACCGCGGCCCCACGGACGGCGCAGAUGAAGAAGACAUCAAAGCCGCCCGCCACUUCCUCGCCAACCUCGACGCCGACACCAUCCGCCGCAACGCCCCGCACGACGUCUCCUUCUCCCGCUCCUCCGGCCCCGGCGGCCAGAACGUCAACAAAGUCUCCUCCAAAGCCACCCUGCGCAUCUCUCUCCCGAGUCUGCUCCCGCUCCUCCCCAAGCUACUCCACCCACACAUCGUUUCCUCCCGGUACCACGCGGCCAAAACGUCGGACGUGGUGAUUCAGGCGGAUGAUUCGAGGAAGCAGACGGAUAAUGUGAUUAGCUGUUUUCGCCGGCUGCAUGAGUUGAUUGUGGAGGCGGGGAGGGCGAGCGUGCCGGGGGAGACGAGCGAGGCGACGAGUAAGCGGGUCGAGGGGCUGCAGAAGGCGGAGAAGGCGCAGAGGAGGAAGGCGAAGGAGUUUCAGAGUAAGAAGAAGGGGGCGCGGAGGGGAGGGGGAGAUGAGCGGUGA